GAUAACCCAAAUGAAUUUGCAAAUGCCUUUUGGAUCUCAUCCGUUAUAUCCAUGUACGGAAGAAGAAAAACUCGCGAUACGUAAGGAAGUGGGAAUCAAGGAUAACAUUCUCCAAGAAGACAUUGAUUCAAUAUUGGAUUGGUUUUACAAGGAACCUCAUUUAGCUGAUGCAUUUAUAGAUCGUGAUUACGUUGAAAGGAUGCUAGUUGCAACAAGAUGUUCCCGUGAAAAGUGUAAGAAGAAAAUUAACAAUUUUUACAGAUAUAGAUCCUGUGCACCCGAACUGGUGCAAACGAGAAUAAAGGAACUGUCAAAUCCCGAUUACGAUCCUUGGCUAUUUUAUAGCCAAGCUGCUAUGCUAAAAUUGUUUAAUGGAAAAAGGAUUUCAGUGUUUAAAGUAACCGAUGCGGACCCUGGGAAUUUCCACAGCGAUAUAGUAUUCAAAAUUACUAUUUUGCUUGGGGAAUUAAGGUUAAAAUAUGACUACAUGCUAGGAGAUAUUUGGAUACUGGAUUUGUUAAAUGCUUCUAUCGGACAUGUAUUACGAAUCAAUCUGACGCUGGCACAGAAGUUCGCACGAAUUCUUCAGGAUGGAACAGGCAUUAAGCUGUAUGACAUUCAUAUAGUGAAUGCCUCAUCGUUAAGCCAGCAUUUAGUAAAUCUGUUUAAACCAUUCGUCAAGUCAAAAAUAAUGGAACGCAUAAGGUUUCACGAAAGCAUAGAAGAACUUCAGAAGGUAAUUCCAAAGCAGUAUCUGCCCAAAGAUUUUGGCGGUGAUCAGCCCUCUUUGGAUGAGUUUAAAGAGUUGUAUAAAACAGAGAUCCAAAAGCCGCUUUCAAAGGAUUAUUUAAUAAAGUGCUGCCAGCAAAUCUCAAAUGAAGAAAAGCGAAUCGGAGAAAAAUACAACGAAGACUAUUUAAUGGGAUCAUUCAAGAAAUUGGAUUUAGAUUAAGUUCUUAAAUUGUUUGUAGAUAUCAACAUUUGUGAUA